AUGUUUAAAAACACUUUCCAGAGCGGCUUUUUAUCAAUUUUAUACAGUAUUGGCAGCAAACCUCUUCAGAUAUGGGACAAAAAGGUGAGAAACGGCCACAUAAAGAGAGUAACAGACAACGACAUCCACUCACUGGUGCUGGAGGUGGAGGGAGUGAACGUCAGUACCACAUACAUAACAUGCCCUGCAGACCCCAAGAAGACGCUGGGCAUCAAACUUCCUUUUUUGAUUAUGAUUAUCAAGAAUGUGAAGAAGUAUUUUACCUUUGAAGUGCAGGUAUUAGAUGAUAAAAAUGUCAGACGGCGGUUUCGGGCUAGCAACUAUCAGAGCACCACACGUGUGAAGCCGUUCAUCUGCACCAUGCCAAUGAGACUGGAUGAGGGCUGGAACCAGAUACAGUUCAACCUUUCAGAUUUCACCAGGAGAGCCUAUGGAACCAACUACAUGGAGACACUGCGUGUACAAAUCCAUGCUAAUUGUCGGAUACGAAGAGUAUAUUUCUCUGAUAGGCUGUAUUUGGAGGAUGAAGUUCCAGCAGAGUUUAAACUUUACCUGCCUGACCAGAGCCAAAAAUCCAAGCAGUAGAGCUUCCGGAAGUUCGCACUCACCGGAAAAAAAACAAAAGUCCCAAUGCUUUUGCAUGGUUUUCCAUGUAAUAAACACAGUAUAUACCGGAUGGAAAACCGAUUUUCGCUCACAUCGCACAAGAUGUCCCACUCCAUCGCAAUGCAUUCCAUUAAAAACACCUCGCAGGCAAAACAGUCUGGACAUUCCCAGUAACGGAGGUAUGCAAUUAAGUUCAGCACUGACACUUGCCGAUUCGAGGAAAGUGGGUACCAUAGUUCCUCGUUUAAAAGCCUGGCCAUUCAUUUGUUUCCAAAUCGGGCUCAGACCUGGGACCCACAGCCUGAUGCUAAAUAAGACACUGCAAAGGGCUGUGAUUUGUCACUUUUUACUCCUUCCUCUUCAGUCAUAUCUUAAAUAUUUUUGCAGUGCGCACGCUGAUUACAUUUUGAUCACGGAUCAAAUACGUUUGGCAGAGAAGACCACAAAUAUGACAGACUUCACAACACAAAGUCAGAAAAUGAUGCUCAAAUGACCUGCAAUUCAAGGAGUUAAUUGUACACCUUACCUGUGAUUUGGAGGUAGAUGAUUGUAGAAAGAUGAGCUCAGUGAGGGACAAAUUAAUCCAGAAAAUUUUCAUAAAGAUACGAUGGAGAACUUCAAAAUUGUCCCGCACAUUGAUGUCAUUACAUGGCACGAAGUUACAGCGCUGUAGAAGCAUAAAUCAGGCUUUAGGAUUUUAAGAUACACUCGGGAAUUGGGGGGAUAAAAAAGCGACUCGGCCAAAUGUGAUCUUUUUUUUGGCCAUAAUGCCCGCCGCUUAUUUAAGGCAGGCUUUUAUUUUUUCAGAGGAAUUUCACUAUGAAACUGAGUAAAAUGGGUCAUUCUGGACAUGGUUCUGAAGAACAGUGCACUUUGAUUAAAAAGUUCAUUGGUGAGGGAAAACAUAUAGAGAAAAUGAUCGGCUGCUAAGCCAGAAAGACAUGAAAGAAUGCCUAUGUCAAGCCAAGCUAUGGGCAAGAAGCCCCCCAAUGUCCCAUUGUUGAAAGAAAAAAAAAAAACGAGGUUGCAA